CACAACAUUCUGAUAAAAAUUAAUCCUCAACCUUUCGCUACACAUCGUAGUUUUAUAAGUUAGCGCGGACGGUGGUACAAAAAGUGUGUGUAUUUCAAUAGUGAGAAAAUAAUCGUAAGCUGUAAGAAAAAUUCAAUCAUCCAGAAAACAAUGUCUUCGCCAUGGGGUAAAAUUCAGCCUGUGCAGUCCGUCGACUUCCAGGAGAUCAUGUCCGAAGAGUUCGCCAGAGGGCUCCAGGCGCAGGAAGAGAAUGCUACGGUCAAAAAUAAAGCAAAGACGGGUUCCUCCGAUAUGAACCGAAAGCGAAAAACGGCUCAAAAGGUUCCACCGGAUGUUCAACCUGAACCUGUAGCCGGAAGUUCCAAAGCGAUCAAUUUGGGGCUGGUUGUUGAUGACGAUUGGGAAUCGGUUGGAUCCAGCAGUGGUGCUUCUGGUGUAACGACUGACAUUCCUGAGGACAUUCUGAAAGCAAUCCAGCAGGCUGACAAAGAUCAAAGCGAUUCCGAUGCAGCGAUAGCACAACUGUUGCAGGCUCAAUUCGACAGCGAGUACGACGAACAAUUGAAGCGGGAGGAGAAUCAUCGGAACAAAAAUUCGUGUGUCAAAAUAUCACUCAAAAACUACCGAAUGGUUCCGGAAGAGUUAAUCUACGACGAGGAGGCUGAGGAUCUACCGAUUGAUCCAAAAGCGGAUUGGGACAGGUUUGAAACUAAUGAAAAAGAGCAGAAGUUGAUUCCGAGAGUUGGUUACAAGCUAAACGAAGAUGGUGAAAUGGUCACUAAGCAUAAUCAUGAUAUCAACGGACGUAAAAACGCUUGUAAGGUGAUGUCUUUCCCACCCGAAUUUUCCACGGGCGAUGGUGCAGGAUUCGAUAUGAAACUUGAUAAUAAAGUGUUCAAUCAGUUGAAGUCGCACUCGAAAAAGGCGACGAAAACGCAACACAAAGCUCACGAUAGAAAAGAGAAUAUUGCAACUGCCGAAAUGGGUCUGGAUGAGUACACGAAAAUUAUUCUGUAUAAAUGGAUCAACAAUCAGUUGUUGGAAUCGGUAGAUGGAAUCAUAUCUACGGGAAAAGAAGCUGUGAUUUUGCACGGUGAAACCGACCCAAGUAAUCCGAAUUUAAUCGAUGGCCAAACUAACCCGAAGGAAGUAGCUAUAAAGAUUUUCAGUACCACCUUGAACGAAUUCAAACAGCGAGAUCGGUAUAUUAAGGACGAUUUUCGAUUUGCCGGAAGAUACUCGAAACAGAACGCUCGAACCGUAAUCAAUAUGUGGGCCGAGAAGGAGUUGCACAAUCUGAAUCGAAUGAAAAAGGUUGGCAUUCGAUGUCCGGAAAUUGUGGCUUUGAAGAAGAAUGUUCUGGUUAUGUCGUUCAUCGGUCAAAAUAUGAAUCCUGCUCCUAAGCUGAAAGAAGCUACUCUGAACGAAGCCCAGCUGAUCUGCGCCUACGAAGAAAUAGUUGAUAUAAUACACAAACUGUAUAACGAGGCUAGGUUGGUACAUGCGGAUUUAUCCGAAUAUAAUAUUUUGUGGUACGAAGAGCAGUGUUGGAUUAUCGAUGUAGCACAAUCGGUAGAACCUGGUCACCCGGGAGCUUUGGAGUUCCUCAUGCGAGAUUGCAACAACAUCAGCACGUUCUUCACCAAGCGAGGCGUCAGCGGAGUUAAGAGCAAAGAGGAUCUAUUUUUCGAUAUAACCGGGCUAGAUCCGUUGACCUACAAUGUUACCAGUCUGGAAAAGAUUCACAUGAAGGGACAGCCGGCCCACAAAAUCAAUGCCAUCGAUGACGAUACACCGGAGCAGUUCAAACCACUCGAGUAUCCGUUCGAUUAUGCAUGGAAAACGGUGGAGGAGUAUCGGAGUCGAAGUUCCGCCCCUCGUGAUGCCGUGAAAACCGGUUCGGAAUGAGGCGUUUUAUAUUCAUUUAGGACAGUGUUGACAAGAUGCUUUCGGUAUAUUUUUGUUUAUCAUGCAUAAUUAGUGUAUGAGUUGAGUCCAAAUGUUAAUCAUUUGAAUUCUUCAAUAGAAAGAGCAUACACCCUCAUCGUUGUA